UCUCCCCCUUCAUAUCUCCAGUCUAUUGAUACGAAGAAGACAUAUUACAUCACCUUCAAACUUGGCUUCUGCGUGGGAUCAAAAUUGUUGGGGAUUGCGAAAAGAUCUUGAUUUUAGGCUAAAAUGGAGGAGGCAAAGGCAUUGCAGCAACAGCAGCAACAAUUGCUUAUUCAGCAUCAGCAGAAACAGCAGCAACAAUUGCUGCUUUUCCAGCAAAUGAAGCAGCAGCAGCAGCAACAGCAGCAACAACAUCAGGCGCAGCAAGCUGCGGCUAUUUCUCGUUUCCCCUCUAACAUUGACGCUCACUUGCGUCCUAUUCGCCCUAUCAAUCUCCAGCAAAGCCCUAAUCCUAAUCCCAACCCUAACCCCAACCUCAAUUCCAAUCCCAUCGCUAAUGUCCACCAAAAUCCUAAUUUGAACCAUCUUCAGCAGCAAUCGCAGCAACAACAUCAGCAACAGCAGCAGCAGCAGAAGGUCAUUCGACCCACUAACCAGAUGGAGCUCCAGAUGGCGUACCAAGACGCGUGGCGGGUAUGCCACCCGGACUUCAAGCGACCCUUCACUUCCCUCGAAGAUGCAUGCGAGAGAUUAUUGCCAUAUCACGUUGUGGCAGACUAUGAAGCAGAAGAGGAUGAUAGGAUUCUUGAUUCUGACACCACAGGUCAGGUGCUGUCACGAUCACAGCAAUGGGAUAAUAAUAUUGCUGCUAAGGUUUCUGAGUUUGUAGCGACUUUCGAAAAGCAGGCACUUGCCUUUAAUAUAAUAACCCGCAAACGAGCUAUGGGAGAAUUUCGAUCUGAGGAAAGAUUGUUUAUUGAGCAGGCUCUUCUACAAGAUGAAAAACGGGCCUUAUUCGAAUUAAGAACAGAACUAGAAUCCAGGGAGAAGGCUGGUCGUGAAGCCCAUGAGGCUAAGCUACGGAUGGCAGCUAUGGCUCAAGCAGAGCAGGCUUGGGUGGAUUCACACCCUCAUGCAGAAAUGAUGGGUCGAGCACCAAUUAGAGACAAUGCACUCGGGUCUCAAGGCAAUGACAUGGGAGAGCAGGGUCAAGGAAGUAACCCAGGUGAGAUGAUCAAUGGAUGGGGAAACAAUGCACAGAAAGAUGAGAAGGAACCAUCUGAAGAUUUCUUGAAUGAUGAAGAAGUAGAGAAUGGGGACACUGGCACGCAGGAUGGCUGGCGUGAAGCUGGUGAAUUUGAUCUGAAUGCCAGGUGAUUGAUCCGAAACAAACUGUUCGAAAAUUGGCGGGAGAGUUCGAGUUUGGUUUCCUGGGAACAACAUCCAUAUUAAAGAAGCUUCAUCCAUCUUGAAAAGCUAAUGGACAUGAUCCUUCAUCUUUAAGAUCCAUUAUCAGAAUAACUCAGUUGAUCAGGGUCCAUUGACAAAGGAGCAGGGAAAACUACUUAAUUGGUGUUAUUAGAGGGGAUAUAUUUGGAAAUAAUUCCUUCAGUGCAUAUAGUUGCAGCAUCAGGUCGAAAAAAGUAUUUGUAUUGAUGUGAUUGCUCUAGUUAAUUGAAAUUCCUUCAGAGCGAAUAUAAUUUCAUGUUUUUUGGAACUUGAUGUAAGUGCUCUAGUUAAUGACCCAAGCCUCUGGAUAUUUGACUCACUAUACUACUAAUGGUUUAGUUAAAA